AGUUUGGUCGGUUUGUUUUGUUUACAAAUCGCCCACAAGCAUGUUACGAUUAUCAUUAGUACAUUCAAAAAAGUAAUAAUUUACUGUUUUUCUUCUAAAAUUCAACAAUGGAAGUUUAUAAUAAAGUUUACAUUGAUGCUCUAGCCGGUAACGAACAGGAAACGAACCGAUGGACAUCAUACCGGGAAGAACUCCGUCAAGUAAAAGAGAACCUAAAAUUUUACCAGAGUCAACUGAAAGUUGACAUUCUCAUUCCAAUCGGUUCGAAGGCACUCAUUCCCGGCCAGUUGUACCACACCGGUGAGGUGAUGGCCAGCCACGGUUGCGGGUACUUUUCCGAUUGCUCGAUAGAUCAAGCAACGCGCAUCAUCGAUCAUCGCAUUAGUAACGCGGACAGAAUGCUACAGAAAUACGAACGCGAAAAAGAUCUUUUCGUUAGUAAGUUAGAGGUUCCGUUUGCAGAAGAUGCAUUCGGGGGACGGGAAAUCAUAGAGGAGUACGAUGAGGAUCGGGAAAAAAUGUGGAGAGAGCAACACCGGAAACGGGUAAAGGAACACAAACAGCAGGAGGGUAAAAAGCUUCGUACAGUGCAACCAUCAGAGUCUGACGAGAAUGUUUUUAGCCGACUAGAAGAGUUGGAGUUAAUGGAAGAACUGGAACAAGAAAUGGAGCGCUUAGAGGUUACCGUGGAAAAUGAUGAACAGUUGCGUCAGCUGAUGAGUGGGGACUUGAAAGUGAACAAAAAGAAAAGGGUGGCCCACAACUCGGAGCCCGAUUUAGCAAAUGCUGAAAAUGUUGAAAUCGAAACAACAGAAGAUGAGAACAGUUCCGAUGGUUCCAGCUAUUCUGACGAUGAUAUUUCUCCGGAAUUUGCGAAACUAUUGCAACAGACAAAAUCGAUGGAUGUACAGAAGAAAGUUGAUACUUUUCGGGCAAAGCUGGUGGAAAUUAACGAUAAACUUCGUCAGGGUGGGAUAACUGUAGACGAGAAAGUGGUUCUGUGUGAUCUACGAUACGAAGUCGAAGAGUCACUGGAUUUCCUUUGUCCCAGUUGGGAAUCAACCGAAAAACCGUCGAAAAAAAUUAAGUUUGCCGAAACCGAUUCGGUUAAGAUUAUCGAAAACCCGGAACCGCAGAGUUUAAAGUCGAAACUAACACUAGAGUUAAACGUGAGCCAUUCCGCUGUUCACAGUAAUGAAUCGGUUGUUAAAGAUGGAAAGGAAAUCGUGAGCCCUGCCGAUAUUUACCGUUUGUUUGAACACUGCUUACAGAAGGAGGAUUCCAGUACGGCAUCCAAUUGUAAAACUAAAUCGAUUCUAAAGAAUCGAGAAAAGGUGCUGGAGGAAAUCCACCUUGAGGAAGCUUCAGUUGUGGUGAAAAAUCAGCGAGAGAAAGUGUCGGUGCCCGUUGAUAUAAUCGGAGAGGUUAUCGAACAUAGUUCGGAAAGUCUCCGGGAAACUAAGGUCGAAACGGUCCCUACGAAGUCGCCUGCGGCGAGAAAAGUAAGCCGCUUUAAAAAGCAGCGAAGUUGAAUCGUCGGUAAGUACCUGGGUCGUUUUUUUUCUUUAAAACUUUAAACAGUCGUUAUUUGUUGAAAUGUUUCCUCAAAAGUGGGGGUGAUAAAUAAAGGCAUAAAUUCACUGUUUUA